CCCUCGGACUACCUCGGACCAUUCAAGCGCGUUUUCCGAUUGAGCAUCCAUGGUGAUGAUUUCAAGUUAGGAUAGUCUAUCGUUGAAUCGUCUAUGGUGAAAGAGCUUUGCUUGGCUCCUUGCAUUUAUCAACACGCCUACUAUGUAAUGUAAAGGUUCUGGCAUCCAUGGCUGAAUGAUUCAAAUCCACUCAAAGUUUAUGCGAUAUGCCAUUGGUGCAGCAUGCAUUUCAAUGGGCUCGUACGUACUAUAUCGCUCUUUGUCGAUGAUGCACAGGUGGAUGUUUAACAGGCGAGGUGGCUCGCGUCGUCUCUUUGGCAAAGAUGGAGAACAGAGGACGAUAUGUGACAAAAAGAAGAACAGUGCUGAUGUGCAGACAGAGGGAUUCGAUCGGGCAUCUCCAACAACAGAGGCAAGCACGAAUCUAGUGAAGAGAAGAAGCUCACAUGAUUUAAAACAGGGAUCAAAUACAUCUAUGCAAGAGAUUGCACUGGAUAGACAGGUGGCAUCUCUAGGAGCUGGUAACGUGGCAAACAAGCAUAAGAGAGGUAAUGUAGAGAUGUUUGACGGGGGAGAGGCUCCUUCAAAUUCCAAGAAGAUGCUGAUGGAGUCAGAUAGCAGGAGACCGUCCCACAAGCCAGAUGUGUAUAUGAGGAAGUGGGACUACACGGCCUUCGGUCACAAGCACCUGCACCGUCGGCAGCCCGGCAUGGAGUUUAUGAUCAUGUCGUACAACGUGCUGGCCCAACGGCUACUGGAGGACCACCUAGAGCUGUACAGACACUGUCACACGGACUUCCUACAGUGGGAUUACAGGAGAGCAAAUCUAGCUGCAGAGAUACGCACCGUACAGCCCGAUAUUCUCUGCAUGCAAGAAGUCCAGAGCGACCACUAUGUCAGCUUUUGGAUGCCGAUGUUGGAGAAACUUGGCUACAGUGGCGCGUACAAGCAGCGCACGGGCGACAAGUGCGACGGCUGCGCGACCUUCUACCGCACGGACGUCUUCCAGCUGGAGGCGCGCCGCGAUGUCGAGUACCUGCGCGUUGGCGCCACCCUCCUCGACCGCGACAACGUGGCGCUCGUCGUCGUGCUGCGGCCGCGCGCCGCGAGCGUCGCCACCAGGCGGCUCUGCGUCGCCAACACGCACCUGCUGUACAAUCCGCGACGCGGCGACGUGAAGCUCGCGCAGCUCAGCGUGCUGCUCGCCGAGGUCGACCGGCUUGCGGCCGCCGCCAGGGGGCGCCGCUGCGCGGUCGUUCUGUGCGGCGACUUCAACAUGCAGCCGUUCUGCGACCUGUACCGGUUCCUGUGCGGCGGGCGGCUGCGCUACGGCGGCCUGCACUCGAGUCAGAUGUCCGGGCAGACGCACAAGCGCACGAGCAGUGUGAUGCGCACACAGCUGCUGCCGGAGACGGUCGGCAUCUCCGAGCAGUGCCAGUACGUCGCGUCUCUGCCGGCGAGAGACGCCAGCGCCCCCACGGCGACGAGAGACGCCAGCGCCCCCACGGCGACGAGAGAUACCCGCGCCCCCACGGCGACGAGAGAUGGCAGUGUUCCCACGGAAACCAGGGACAGGAGGGCAGUGAAAGAUGCCAGCGCACCCUGGGGGCGCGACAGCAGAGCGGCGGCGGCGGCGGCGGACUCGGACUCGUACGACAGCGACGCCACACUGAAGGACAGCGACACGUCGUCCGUGUCGGCGUCGUGCGACCUGAGUCGGUCGAGCGACUCGGACGCCUAUCUCAGCGCCACCUCUGGGUCGACGCUCGGUGCAUCGUCGGCGUACAUGACCGCCGCCGGCUCCCUCGCCUCGCUCACCUCCUCCGAAAUGUACUUCUCGGCGGCAGAACCCCCGGACUCUGAUCCCUCAGCAUCCGACCCGGAGACUUCGCCCGCGUCCGCGAAAUCGCGGAGUCCGACGAAGGAGUCGUCGGCGCCUCCCUGCGGGCCGGGCGCAGCAGCCCUCAUGCCGCCGCCGCCGGCGGCAGCGGCGCGCGUCGUCACGUAUGAGACGGGGCACGUGUCGCACGCGCUGGAGCUCGUGUCUGUCUACCGGCACCUGUUCCCGAACAACGAGCCCGAGGUGAGCACGUCGCAUGACGACCAGCACAUGUGCGUCGACUUUGCCUUCUACGGCGUGCGCGGGAAGCGCACGUUCUUUGACAGGUUUGGCCGCUUCCGCGUGUGCGACGUGCGCGAGGGUGCGCUGCGGCUGGUCGGGCGCAUGCGGCUGUUGACAGCGAUGGAGAUUCGCGAGCUGGGAUGCCUGCCGAACAAAUCGAUGUCGUCAGACCACCUCUGGGUUGGUGCAAAGUUCCUGCUGGCGGACGAAGAGGAUGAGGAUGAUGAUUUAGGUUGAGUUAAAGGGAUGGGAGUUGGUAUAUUUGUUGUUGUGAUGGCGUGUAUAUACCAGCUGCCUCGCUUCAGUCGAUAUUGGCAUACGUGGAAAGGACGUCGAUCAUUGAUGGACUACGUGUUUGCAGACAAUUUAUUUGCUUGAUGCACCGACGAUAUGCUUGCGCCCUGUGUAACAUAGCAACAUGUUGUAAGACGACGAUUGAAAUGUUACAAGCAGGCCAGUCGGUGAUUAUCGGCUGGCAGGAUACUGGCCUAAACUAAGAGUGGCAGAGAGAAAUUAAAAUAGUAAUUCCUGUCCCUUUAACGAAUUAGCGAAUUGAAUGGAAGCGCAUUUGUGAAGUGAAAUCGUUUUCUCUACGGCUUUAUUCUGCGCAGUGCUUUCUGUGAUUUGUUUUAUAUUUAAUAACGUGUGAAUUUAGUCGGGGACAGAAUCAAGAUGGCAGAUUUGCCAAGGUGAUUUGCCAAAUAAGUGAAAGCUAUAUAGUUUAAUGUGAAUUGUGUUCUCGGUUCCUAAGCUGGUAUAUCACUGUCAUGAAGUCUUGGUUUUGGUUUGUGUUUUGUUAAUCGAGUCUAAAGUUUCCACAUACAUUGCCACACGUCUUUUGUUUGGAGCCUCAGCCAUUUUAUAUCCAGUGCAUGUAUGACCCGAUGUGUAGUUGAUGUGAGAAUUAAUACUGGGCUUCAUUUUAAUCUUGUUGAUGCAGAGAAAACUCGGUUAUACCCUACUGUAGAUACUACCAGGACUGAUACUACGUAUUAAAGGACAAUGUUUUUAAUAAAUUUCGUUUAUUCACUA